AUGGUCACAGGUGUCUUCAAGCCGCAACCAGGUGGGCGUGCCAGGCUCCGCCCAGCGCGCCGAACGGGGGCGGGCGAGCGGAGGACCCGCCCUCCUCAAGCGCCGGGUCGGAGCCGGUGCCGGAGCACAGCGGCGCGGAGACCGAGCAGUGCGGACGAAGGUUGCCCGCAGCGGACGGCCAGAAGAACCAGUGCCACGACCGGGUUCCAAGAACGACCGGCCCCGGGCGCGGGCCCUGGCCCCGAGGACGACCCGCCCAGCGCGAACCCCGGCCCGGAGAGUGACCCGGCCCGAGAGCGGACCCUGGCCCCGGAGUGCGGCCUCGCCCGCCUCGCCCGCCCCGGCUACUGGUCCCUGGGCAUGGACGGCGCCCGCUCGCCCUGCACCCCUGCCAAACCCGGGCCCGAGCCUGCCGGCCCGCGGGAGCCUGGCCCCGACUCCACUGCUGUCCCACCCGCGCCUGCCCCAGACGGCGGCCCCCGGGGGGAGGAGGAGGAGGCCGGGAGGAAGGAGGACGCCGGGGCCACUGAGGUGAAGACCGAGCCUGGGCGUGUUCGCCGGGAUGAGCCCGAAGAGGAGGAGGAUGAUGAGGACGACCUCAAGGCCGUGGCCACAUCCCUGGAUGGCCGCUUCCUUAAGUUUGACAUCGAGCUGGGCCGCGGCUCCUUCAAGACUGUCUACAAGGGACUGGACACCGAGACCUGGGUGGAGGUGGCCUGGUGCGAGUUGCAGGACCGGAAGCUCACCAAGCUAGAGCGGCAGCGCUUCAAGGAGGAAGCUGAGAUGCUCAAGGGCCUGCAGCACCCCAACAUUGUACGCUUCUAUGACUUCUGGGAGUCCAGCGCUAAGGGCAAGCGCUGCAUCGUGCUGGUGACUGAGCUGAUGACCUCGGGGACACUGAAGACGUACCUGAAGCGUUUCAAGGUGAUGAAACCCAAGGUGCUUCGCAGCUGGUGCAGGCAGAUCCUGAAGGGCCUGCUGUUCCUGCACACCCGGACACCCCCCAUCAUCCACCGAGACCUCAAAUGUGACAACAUCUUCAUCACUGGGCCCACAGGGUCUGUGAAGAUUGGAGACUUGGGCCUGGCCACCCUCAAGAGAGCCUCUUUCGCCAAGAGUGUGAUAGGCACCCCUGAGUUCAUGGCGCCAGAGAUGUAUGAAGAGCACUAUGAUGAGUCCGUGGAUGUCUAUGCCUUUGGGAUGUGCAUGCUGGAGAUGGCCACCUCCGAGUACCCCUACUCAGAGUGCCAGAACGCAGCCCAGAUCUACCGGAAGGUCACCUGUGGCAUCAAGCCGGCCAGCUUUGAGAAAGUGCUUGAUCCUGAAAUCAAAGAAAUCAUUGGGGAGUGUAUCUGCAAAAACAAGGAAGAAAGGUAUGAGAUCAAGGACCUGCUGAGCCAUGCUUUCUUUGCGGAGGACACAGGCGUGCGAGUGGAGCUGGCGGAGGAGGAUCACGGCAGGAAGUCGACUAUCGCCCUGCGGCUCUGGGUGGAGGAUCCCAAGAAACUGAAGGGCAAACCCAAGGACAAUGGGGCCAUAGAGUUCACCUUUGACCUGGAGAAGGAGACACCUGAUGAUGUGGCACAGGAAAUGAUCGAGUCAGGAUUCUUUCAUGAGAGUGAUGUGAAGAUCGUGGCUAAGUCCAUCCGUGACCGUGUGGCACUGAUCCAGUGGCGGCGGGAGAGGAUCUGGCCGGCUCUGCAGCCUCCAGAGCAACAGGACCCCAGUAGCCCUGACAAGGGCAAGGGUCCCCCUCCGACCGUGCAGGUGCAGGUGGGCCACCAUGUGCAACCUGGGCCACCUGAACCCGAGGAACCUGAAGUGGACCAACACCUCCUGCCACCUGUGCUGCCAGCCAGCGCCACCUCUCUGGCCUCGGACAGCACAUUUGACAGUGGCCAGGGCUCCACAGUGUACUCGGACUCCCAGAGCAGCCAGCAGAGUGUGGUGCUGGGCUCGAUGGCCGACGUGGGGCCACCCGCCGCCCAGUGCGUGUGCAGCCCUCCUGUGAGCAUGAGUGAGGGCGCUGCCUUGCCCCACAGCCUGCCCACACUGGGAGCCUACCAGCCACCUGCCGCGCCUGGCCUGUCAGUGGGCGCUAUUCCACCCCCCACCCGCCCUCCAGUCCCGCAGCCUCAUUUCCCAGAGUCAGCCUUGAGCUUUGCCCCUGUAUUGCCACCACCUAGUGCCCCUGUGCCAACGGGCCCAAGCCAGCCAGCACCCCUCGGCCACCAGCCUCCUCCACUGGCCCAGCCGGCGCCCUUGCCACAAGUCCUGGCCUCACAGCCCGUAGGCCCUCUGCAACCUGUGCCCCCUCACCUGCCUCCAUACCUGACACCGACCUCCCAGGUGGUGGCCCCCAGUCAACUGAAUCCUAUCCAGAUGCCACCGGCGCCCUUACCAUCGCUGGCUCAAGUUCCUCCGCAGAUUCCUCCGCUGCCUGUCGCCCCCCCCAUCGCCCCAUUGGCGACAAUCGACAGCCUCCCCACAGCUCUCCCUACAGCCCUCCCCGACCUGCCUGCUGCCAGUGGGCCUCCUAUGCCUCCCCCGUCUCAGUAUUUCUCUCCAGCUGUCAUCUUGCCAAGCCUCCCGCUCAGCGCCGCUGCCACCCCUCUGCCUGCGUCUCCGGCUCUGCCCCUGCAGGCCGUCAAACUGCCCCACCCUGCGGGGGCGCCACUGGCUGUUCCGUGUCCGACUAUCAUGCCAAAUGUGGCGGCCGCUGCCACCGCCAUCCCUCUGCUGGCCGUGGCCCCUCAGGGUGUGACCGCCCUGUCCAUUCACCCCGCCGUGGCCCAGCUUCCAGCCCAGCCCAUGUACCCAGCGGCCUUCCCGCAUAUGUUGCCCGGUGACGUCCCACCUUCUCCGCUCCAUGCGGCCCAGACUGUGCGGGCUGCCCCAACGCAGUCGGCGCCUCCCACGCUGCCGCAGCCCCACCAGCCCGGUGUCGCCGGCCUUUCCGAGCAGGCUGCUCCAGCCGCUGGCAUGGGGAGCCAGACCCUGCUUGGCCACCCACCUCCAUAUGCCGUGGACGUCACUGCCCAGGUCCCCACCGUGCCUGUGCCUCCCGCCACCAUCCUCUCUCCACCUCUGCCGGAAGUGCUGCCACCCACAGCCCCUGAGCUCCUGUCUCAACUCCCUGGCUCCCUGGUGCCUCCAGUGGUGGCGGCUACUCAGAGCUUGCCCGUCCAGACUGCGGCAGUCCUACCCCCAGCUAACCCGCCGCUGCCCAGUGGGCCUGUCAUCUCUGGUCCCUGCCCGGCUGUCCAGCUGACAGUGGAGCCGGCCCCAGAGGAGCAGGCCUCUCAGGACAAGCAGCCCGGCCUCCUGCAGAACUGUGAGAGCUAUGGAGGGUCCGAUGUCACUUCUGGAAAAGAGAUGAGUGACAGCUGUGAUGGCGCUUUUGGGGGGGGUAAGCUGGAAGGCAGGGCCUCUCGGAAGCAUCACCGCAGGUCCACCCGCAUGCGGUCCCGCCAGGAGAGGGCCAGCAGGCCCCGGCUGACAAUCCUCAAUGUGUGCAACACGGGUGACAAGAUGGUGGAGUGCCAGCUGGAGACGCACAACCAUAAGAUGGUGACCUUUAAGUUCGACCUGGAUGGCGACGCCCCUGACGAGAUCGCCACCUACAUGGUGGAGCAUGACUUCAUCCUGCCUGCUGAGCGGGAGACCUUCAUUGAGCAGAUGAAGGAUGUCAUGGACAAGGCAGAGGACAUGCUGAGUGAAGACACAGACGCUGACCAUGGCUCCGACCCGGGAGCCAGCCCUCCACACGUGGGUGCCUGUGGCCUGGGUGCCGGGGAAGAGGGCCGACAAUCCCAAGAGAAUGCUCCAGUGUAUCAGCAAAACGUCCUGCACACAGGGAAGAGGUGGUUCAUCAUCUGUCCUGUGGCUGAGCACCCAGCAGUAGAGGCCCCUGAGUCUUCGCCUCCACUUCCUCUGGGCUCUCAGCAGCCAGAAGCCAGCCAAGACCCAGCACCCAGUAAAGACCAACUGUCCCUGGAGGAGAAACCUGGCGUCCCGGCUGCUCCACAACUUCUGAGCCAAGCAGGCCCCAGGGACACCCCUGGCAGCACACCAGCCUCUUUGGUGCCAUCCUCCCCUCCUGUGGCGACUCUGCCCCAGGAUGCAAGUGCAACGGCUGCCGGCCCCAAGCCAGAGCCUGCAGCAAGGGCUGCCAUGCUGGCAGGGGGCCCAGGGGCCCCUCAGGGGUCGGCCAGUGAGCGUGAGCCUCUCCGGCCACUGGCAGAGACUCAUGACACCCAGCUUGCCACAGGGUCCCUUGGUGAGGGCCAAGAGCCUUACAUCCCACCCGCAGACGCCCCUCGCCACCCUCUGGGUCUGGCAGAGCCUCUCUCAGCCAGGAAAGGCAGUGUCCAAGGGGAGCCCCUGCCAGCCCCAGCCCCUGUGCCCAGUGCCCCCAGUGGGGCCCCUCAGCCUGCCCUGGGCCAGGCCCUAGCACCUGUCCCCACUGUGGUGGGGGCGGUCAGCAUGGCUACCCCCCAGCUCCCCAGCCCCCCGCUGGGCCCCACUGCACCCCCACAGCCACCCUCUGCCUUGGAGUCUGAUGGGGAAGGGCCGCCCCCCAGGGUGGGCUUUGUGGACAGCACUAUCAAGAGCCUGGACGAGAAGCUGCGUACUCUGCUCUACCAGGAGCAUGUGCCCACCUCCUCUGCCUCAGCCGGGACCCCCAUGGAGGCCAGUGACAAAGACUUCACCCUGGAGCCCCUGAGAGGGGACCGACCCCGCACAGAGGCAGCCAGGGGGGACCCGGCUCUGCUGCCCCAGCUGGAGGUGGAGAAGUCAGAAAUAGUCCCUGGGGGGGGAUCCACAUUGGAGCAGGCCACAUCCUCAUCGGUGGUGACAGCAGAAUCAUCUUCCAGUAACUCUCUGGGCUCCGAUGGAGGAUGUGUGGCUUCAGAUUCACACCCAGCACCCAGCGCCCCCAAGGAUGCCGCCGCUUCUGUCACUCCUGUACAAUUGGAACGCACAGGCCAGAGCAGUGGGUCCCCCAGGGAAACCUUGGCUAAACCCAUGCAGAGCUGCCCCGGGACGUUGAUGGAGGAUGGCCAGGCUGACCACCCCCAGAUGCAUAGUGCUCUGGCCUCUGGAUCCCCUCGGAAGCGGUCAGGGCAGCAGGAUAGCAGCUCGCCAGCCAAAACUAUGGGCCGGUUCUCUGUGGUCAGCACCCAGGACGAGUGGACCCUGGCCUCACCCCACAGCCUUCGGUACUCGGCCCCACCCGAUGUCUACCUGGACCAGGCUCCCCGCAGCCCUGAUGUGAAAUUGGCUGUGCGGCGGGCCCAGACGGCCUCCUCCAUUGAGGUUGGCAUGGGCGAGCCUGCAUCUAGUGACUCUGGGGAUGAAUGCCCACGCCGGAGGCUCCCCCCACAGAAGAACGCCUCCCUGCCCAGUGGCGGGGGCAUGGCUAGUGACUUGGUGAAGAAGGCCACCGCCUUUCUGCACAGGUCCUCGCCAGCUGAUUCGCCGGGCCUGGAGACACCCAGCAGGACGGGUGUGAAGGUCCCAACCAUCAGCGUUACUUCCUUUCACUCCCAGUCGUCCUACAUCAGCAGUGACAAUGACUCAGAGAUUGAGGAUGCUGACAUCAGGAAGGAACUGCAGAGUCUGCGAGAGAAGCACCUGAAGGAGAUCUCAGAACUGCAGAGCCAACAGAAGCAAGAGAUUGAGGCUUUGUACCGCCGCCUGGGCAAGCCGCUGCCCCCCAACUUGGGCCUAUUCCACACGGCACCCCCCGCUGGCCGUCGCAGAAGGACCAGCCGGAACAAACUCAAGGCGGGGAAGCUGCUGAACCCACUGGUGCAGCAGCUCAAGGCUGUGGCUUCCAGUACAGGUCACUUGUCAGACUGCAGCCGAGGCCCUCCUGCUAAGGACCUUGCCAAAGCCAGUGUGGGGCCCGCGGCGGCCGUCCCGGCGGCCGUCCCGGCUUCAGACCCAUGUGGGAAGGCAGUUCAGACCCGGCAGCCUUGCUCCGUCCGGGCUUCCCUGUCUUCGGACAUCUGCUCCGGCUUAGCCAGUGAUGGAGGCGGAGCGCACGGCCAAGGCUGGACGCUUUACCACCCAACGUCUGAGAGAGUGGCCCAUAAGUCUAGUAGCAAACCUCGCGCUCGAUUCCUCAGUGGACCCGUGUCUGUGUCCAUCUGGUCUGCCUUGAAGCGUCUCUGUCUAGGCAAAGACCACAGCAGUCGGUCCUCCACCAGCAGCCUGGUCCCAGGCCCCGAGCCGGGCCCUCAGCCUGCCCUGCAUGUUCAGGCCCAGGUGAACAAUAGCAACAACAAGAAAGGUACCUUCACGGAUGACCUGCACAAGCUGGUGGAUGAAUGGACAAGCAGGACGGCGGGGGCCACGCAGAUGAAGCCCUCACUCAACCAGCUGAAACAGACGCAGAAGCUGCACAGCAUGGAAGCCCCAGCAGGCCAGCCCCCGGCCCCUGGAGAGGCUCGGGCUGUGAAUGCACCUCGAGCAGCAGUGGGGAUGCCAUGUCUGGCCCUGGCGCCCGGCCUUCCACCCACCUCGGUCAUUCUUGGAGCCACCCCGGCCCUGCCCGUGCCCAUGCCUGUGCCCGUGCCCGUGCCAGGUACUGCCCUCUCCAGCCCCCCAGCCCCACCCUGUGCACUGCCUCUGGGCCAGCCUGGAAACCUGCUACCUGCCGCAGUGUCCUGGGGGCCCUGGGCAGCCCAGGCAGGUGGCUGGUGCCCUGCGCAGGGGCCAGGCUUGGGCGCAGUGGGCGUGCCUGUGCUCCUGCUGCCUCCCGCAGUCAGCUCGCCUGGCGCCAGGCUGCGGAUCAUGUAGCUCUGCCACCACUCGCCAGCUGGACCGCGCCAGGCGGCCUGGUGGGGCUGGUAUGGCUCCGCCCCCUCGUGCUGCCCUCCUGUCCCCGGGGCAGCGCUGCUUCCUCUGUGCUGCAGACCCCCUUUGUUCCCUGUGUUGGCUCCACUGUCUGUACGCUGACACCUUUGCACCCACUUCCUGUACUUGAUCCAAUGGUAGAACACUGUAACCACUCGCAGAAGUACAGUGCCUUGAACUCCAGCUUUUCCAUUUCCUGAGGAAAAGAGGGGUUAAAAGCAUAUCAAAAGAGGUGGGUUUCGCUUAAAUUGGCUUGCGUGGAUACCUUGAUUCACCACUGUGUUGCAGAGGUUUGAAUGGUUUACAGACCUGAAGCUAAAGCCUGAUCUUCAGCUUUCUGUGGUAACGGCCUUUUAAACAGAUUGAACUAGUCAGCUUGAAUACCGGAGAGUUGUAAAUGGGGGAGUACUACUUUCAGGCCAGUAAUAUAGGCUUUCGGGGCUCCCCCAAGCUGCGCGUGGCCGCUCUGGGCUGCUGACGGGGGCCAGAGUGCUUGCUGAUAGGAGACAGUUGACACACGCCUUUAGCGGAAGGCUGCAGUGCUCCGGCCAGCGGCCAGGUGUGCUCGUGGGGCCGACUGCUCGCGGUAGUGCUUUUGGUGAGGAACGGAGCGACUGUGUUAGACUAUGUGAAGCCUUCUGGAAAGUGUCAGGUGAGCAGAAGCCCUCAUAGCCCAAAGUCUUUGUGAGAGCACAUGAAGUGAAGGUGUGGGUUGGUCUAACUGCCACCAACCUAGGGAGCCCUCCGCUGGCCGUUCUCCCUCUCUCAUUUGCACUGAGGCCUGUGGCCCCUGGGCCGUGCUCUGCUGCGUGCCCAGACUGGGCUUCCUACGUGGAGACUGACCUGUUGGAGUGGGAGGGCUCCCCGGCUCCCCGCCUGGAGUUUCAGUAGACGCAUCCCAGAGGGGCACAGGACAGGACAGCUCCUGUGAGAGACAGACAAAGGUCUUUCUGCAUUCCCGCUGGAGGCAGCCGCUGGGGCUGCCCAGCUGUGAAGUGACUAGCUCUGCUGUACUUGGGGCCUUGUUAGGGCUGGCUAAAUUAGUUCGGUUUAAAUACAUUAUUCCAUCAGUUCAGUUAGAAUUCAGUUUUCUCGGUGAUUAUGCAGAAUCUUCCGCCAGGGCCUGACACUAGUCAGAGAUGCCCUGCUCUGUGCCCCUCCUGCCACCCUCAGCCACCGCAGGCAGGAGGCGUGCAUUUCUUGCCUUGUACCCAACGGUCAGUAGCACAGAAUUCCCGAGGUUGUAUAUGAGGAGAAAAAUAAACAUUUUUGCUUGAAAACAGUGUGGAACAAAAUCUUUCU